ACAGAUGCUUGCCGACAGCUGUUCGCUGCCAAACAGCUCAAUCUAACCUCAAUCAACUUUUAUUGCGAGCAAAAAUUUGAAUUUUGUGCACUUUUGCAUAAUGUUGCAAUUAAGAUGGAGCUUGCUAAGGCCACUCCAAGGCGGCUGCCGCAACCCUCGGCGGUACUUCGCGCACAAGAACCUCCUGGAGCUGACGGAUCGAGGGUUCUUUCAAGGCCUUUUCCCCGAUACGGCUGCGCCCAAGAUGAAGCAGCUAUUCACCAGCGGCCAGCAGAGCAUAUAUGCCGGUUUCGAUCCUACUGCGGAUAGCCUACACGUGGGAAAUCUCUUGGUUAUCAUGGGCCUGCUCCACUGCCAACGAGCCGGCCACAGGCCCAUUGCUCUAGUGGGUGGAGCCACUGGGCUAAUCGGUGAUCCAAGUGGUCGCAAAACGGAACGCAAUCAAUUGGGAGAGUCUAUAAUCGAGAGCAACCUGAAAGCCAUCGAGCAGCAGCUGACGAGAGUGUUUGAGAACCAUGAAAAGUGCCUCUGGGACAACCGUAAAAACAGCACUCCUCUGCAGCCAUUAAAGAUCGUCAACAAUGCCGAAUGGUACGCCAAUCUCCACCUGAUAGACUUCAUUGCCAACAUGGGCCGACACUUUCGCAUGGGUUCAAUGCUGUCUCGGUCGUCGGUCCAAUCGCGCCUAGAGUCGGAGGAUGGCAUGAGCUUCACGGAGUUCACCUACCAGAUAUUCCAGGCCUACGACUGGCUCCAUUUGCUGCGCAAGCACAACUGUUGUUUCCAAAUGGGCGGCUCUGACCAGACGGGCAAUCUGAUGACCGGCCACGAGCUGAUCAGCCGUGUGGAGCGCAAACGAGAGGUGUUUGGGAUGACACUGCCCAUAGUGACCAACGAGGAGGGGGACAAAUUUGGAAAGUCGGCGGGCAAUGCUGUGUGGCUGGACGAGAACAAGACAUCGCCCUUUGCCCUUUAUCAGUUCUUUCUGCGAAUGCCAGACUCCGAAGCAGAGAAGCUGCUGAAACUGUUCACCUUCAUUCCCCUGCCCGAAAUAGAGCAGCUGAUGCAGGAGCACGAAAAGGAGCCGGAGAAGAGAAAGGCCCAGACGCUGCUGGCGGAGGAUGUGACAUUGCUUGUGCAUGGCGAAAAUGGACUAAAGCAGGCUGAGCGCGUUACCAAUGCACUGUACAAAGGGAAGGUGGAUGGCUUGGCCGAACUGAAUUAUGCCGAGAUAAAGCAGACGUUCCAGGGAGCCGCUGUAGUGGAUCUACUGACAGAGCCGGGAAUGUCCAUACUGCAGCUGGCCAUGAAGGCCAAGUGUUUCCCUACAGAGACCGAUGCAGUUCGUAUUAUAAACGCUGGAGGCUUCUAUGUCAACCAGAAGCGAGUACAGAACAUUGCCGAAGUCAUAACUGCGGGGAUACACAUACUCCGAAAUGGCGUUUCCCUGCUGCGGGUUGGAAAGCGGAACUUCUACAUAGUGCGCUGGCAAUAGUUCAUUCGAUUUGUCCGCUGUUUUGUGUUAAAUAAUCAUAGGGUUUAUCUAUAUUUACGUAGUCUUAUACAAGGAGAGGGUGUACAUUAGUUAGGUGGGUCUGGGAGCGGGCUUGCGCCAGCGCUUGCGCGCCAGAAACUCCUUGGCCUUCUCCUUCUUCAGGUCCUUGUCGUAGAACUUGCCGCUCUUCGUGAACGUCUUCUGCUCGUUACGCAUCUCGGCCAGCUUGCGGUUCUUCUGUUUGAUUAUGUUCUUCUUGUUGGCCGACUUCUUCUUGCCAGCCUCGGAUAUCUGGACCUUAAUGCGACGACCCUGGAGCUCUGUAUUGUGCAGCUCAAAGCCGCGCUGGAAGCUGGCCAAGUCCAUCAUCUCUACAAAGGCAAAGCCACCGCGACGUUUCUUCGGGAUUCUAAUGGACUUCACCAAACCAAUUGCUUCAAAGUGUCUCUCUAAAUCGUCUUUUGUCGUCUCAAAGUUGAGAUUUGUGACGUACAAAACAUGUCUGUUUGUUUUCGAUGCUCCCCUGAGCAAAGACUCCAACUGAUCCUUGGUUAGCCGACCAUCCGAGGGAGUUUCUGGUUCCGACUCGGACUCGGAGGCCGCACUGCCAGAGGGUGCUGCGCCCUCGACAUCGGAGAGCUCUUCUUGCUCAUCAGCCUCACUGUCCUCGGGAUCACUUGGAUUUCUGCCAUCCUCCUUGUGCACGUACGUUCCAUCGAGUAUUUCCUUUCGUUUCUCGUCGUCAAAGUUUCCCAGAAGAUCGGCACUGUCAUCGUUGACCGCCCGACGCACACGUUUAGGCUUUAUAAACGCCUCCACCUCAUAAUCACUGCCAGAAUCGCUGGCCAUCGUUCCAAA